AAGUUAAAAGAAAAGAAAAAAGAGUUGCAACAAAGAAGAGAAGCAGAAAAGCUGGAGCAAGAACAAAUCAGAGAAUAUGAAAAGAAUCUGACAAAGAAAAUGCUUGAUAACCAAGUUGCAGUAUCUGAUGAAGAGAGAGAUAGGAUUAUGAAGGAACAUGAGAAACAAAUGGUGAAGCUGGAAAAUUCACUGACUCUUAAUAAACUGCACCAGAAGAGAAUGUUGGAGAAAAAGUUGACUGAGAAAAGAGCAAAGCACAUGGAAACACUUGAGAAGAAGCAGUUAAAAGAAACAAAGAGAGUAGAAAAGAAACUGAAGACUGCUGAUGAGGAAGAAGAGGAACAGCACCAAGCAGCAAUUGCUCUGAUGAGGAAACAUGCUGAACAGAAACUGGCUGUUCUUCAGGGAGACAAAUUAAAACUGGAAGAAGAAAUGGAGCAGAUACGAGAAGAUAUGAUCAAGGAGCGUGCUGCUGCUCUAAAAGCUCAAGAGGACCAGCUGGGAGCCAUGGUGGCAGAAAUGCAGCUGAAGAAGGCAGAAGAGCUAUCUAAAAUUGAUCAACAACAGAAGGCUAUUUUCAACUUAAAAUCCAGUUUAAUGGAGGAGCUAAACACCCAGGGUGUCAUGUCAGACCCUGAUACUCAGCGAGUGCUGGAGAAGCACCAGGAACAGCAGGAACAAUUGAAUAAAAAGCUGGAGCAACAAAAAGAAAGGCAACAGAGGCUGCUCCAAGAGAAAUUAAGUGAAAAAAUGAUGCAGAGAGAGAAGACUAUGAUGAUGGAGCAUGAGGACCAACUCAAAUCUCUUCUCCAAACCACUUCCAACAAAACCGCAGCCAGGUUCAAGGCCGUGUCGCUGAAGAUAAAACAGGCAGCAGAGCUAGAGGCUAUGAAAAAUGACGCAGUCACAGAAAUGAACCAGAAGAUUGAGAGCAUGAAAAGAGAAUUCAAUAUGAAGCACAUGCAGGCCGUUCAACAGAAGGAACUUGAAUUUAUAAGUGGUCUUGUGAAGGUUGGUCAAUUCAAUGAGAAGGAGGUUGCUGACAUGAUCAACUGGCUCUUCCCAAUGAAGGACACUGAGGAAAAGAAUAAGCUUCUCCAGAUGGUGUAUCAAGGGGAUGAUGCCACCAAGAAAAAUGAAAGGCCUAAAACUGGACUUGGAGAGCGAGCACGUUUGGCAACACUAGCGCAUGUCACACCAGAAGCCUCCAGAAAAACUAAGUCAGCCAAGAAAAGUGCCAAGAAAAGACAGCCCAGUGCCAGUGCAAGAAGAAACUCUGGAUUAGAUGAAGAGGGGGGUUUGCCACCAGUGUCAGCCAAAGGUAGAAGGAAAGGCUCAGCACAAAGACGAUAACAAGUAAUUUCAAUGCUGAAACAUUUCAUUUGAUGUAGAUAUAUAGUGAACUUUCACCAAAUAUUGUUAAUACCGUUUUAUUUAUUAUUUUAUUGUGAUGGCAUGUGGAGAAAGGUAUUGAAAGAUGUUGAAGUUGGUUUACUUAUUACAGAUA